AUGAAAAUAUGUCAGAGUCUAGGCUUUGAUAACUCUUUUCGGGUGGACGCCGUUGGUCAGAGUGGUGGUAUUUGGUUGUUGUGGAGGAAUCAUGCUGGAGCUCUAACGAUCUUGGAAUCGUCAGAACAGUUUAUUCAUGCACGUGUUGAGAUUGGGAGUGAGGUAAUUCACCUCAUAGCUGUCUAUGCUGUGCCUACAGUGAGUCGUAGGAGUGGGUUAUGGGGAGACUUGAAGCGGGUAAUUGAAAAUAUUGAUGAACCAGUAUUGGUAGGUGGAGAUUUUAAUACUAUACUGCGGUUGGAUGAGAGGUCAGGGGGCAAUGGUAGACUUUCACCGGACUCUCUAGCUUUUGGAGAAUGGAUAAAUGAGCUAGCUUUGGUGGAUAUGGGUUUUAGAGGUAACACUUUCACAUGGAGAAGAGGGAAAGAUACCCGGAACUUUGUGGCUAAACGUUUGGACAGAGUCUUGUGUAGUGCUCAGACACGAGUAAGAUGGCAGGAGGCAGUAGUUUCUCAUCUUCCCUUUCUAGCAUCAGACCAUACACCAGCCUAUGUGCAACUAGAGCCUGAACAGAGAGGUAACCCCAAGAGGAGACCUUUUCGAUUUGAGGCGGCAUGGCUCAAACAUGAAGGUUUUAAGGAGAUACUUGCGGCAUCUUGGAAUGGGGAGAUGCGUACGCCUGAGGCACUUGUGGCGUUGAAAGCAAAGCUCAAAAAAUGGAAUAAGGAGAUAUUUGGGGAUGUAAAGCAACGGAAAGGAAAACUAAUCAGUGACAUCAAGGGAAUUCAGGAGGAGCUGGAGAGGAACCCAACUGAUGAUUUGUUGUUAAGGGAAGCUGGCUUACAGAAGGAGUUUGAUGUGGUUCUAGAACAAGAGGAGAUGCUCUGGUACCAAAAAUAA